AUGCCCGACCGUGUGUAUGAGGGCGAUGUGAGGGAGCCCGCGCCGCUCGAGCCAGCAAGGCGUGUGCGUGGGAAGUCUGCGCCAGCAGCUGGCGAGCCACCCUUGCCGCCGCCGCCCGUUCCGCCGCCGGAAGGUGAGCGUGCGCCGGAACCUGCCUUACCUCCACGUCGCGUCCGACUCCGUGAGAAGUCAAGCCUUGCAGUUCGUGAGUCCCGGUUGUCACCACUACCUGACAGUGAGUGUCCGCCUGAGCAAGCCUUGCCUAAAGGUUUAGGUGUAGUGGGUGAAGCCGUUGAGCAGGAGUUUAGGGCUAGUCGGUUUAGUGUUGUGGACCUUGAGGGUUUUGCCAAGGAGUUGCUGCUUGAAGACUGGGACCUCGAAGAGGCCAUGUGGGUCUUGGUCCAGUUCAGCCGUCUGCAGUCCCUUAAGGCCGGCCUUUACCGACAUGGUGGUGUAGUAGGCACCACAAGCGUUACAAACUCCCACUCUUGGCUCACAGAGCUUAUGGCAGCGACGCUUCUGUCUGUAAGCCCAGAGGCCGAAUUCACGAGUCUUUGGCUCUCAAACACUAACCCCAUGUCCCUGCAUGCAGACCAUAACAACGUAGAAGGGUCUGUUAACGUAGUCCUUCCACUCAAGCUCCCUCCUGAAGGAGGAGACUUGUGGGUAGAACUGCGAGCAGGAGAUGUCCUCCACGGGCCUGUUGAGCAAAGAGUUGACGGUGCAGGAAAGAAGUGGUUGGGCGCAACGCGCAGCCUGCAGAGAGGCAAGCCCUUCUACCUUGACCCCAAACGCCGUCAUGCAACCACUCCUUUUGAAGGUGAAAGGGUUGUGCUCGUAGCAUACACUGUAAACACCUUAGGGAAAGUCCCAGAGUCUGAGCUUCAAGCCCUGGAGUCCUUAGGCUUUCCGCUCCCUGCCUCAGCGCGCUUACCACUCACGACGCAGCAAGAUGUAAGGCGCCUAGACGUGUUUGACAUGUUCGAGGAGGGCCCCUUAGAGCUCGCAAGUGAAGACAGCUCAAGGGAAGCGCAGAAAGUAGACAAGGGCGGGGGUUGGAAGGAGACUCAAAAGGUUGAGGCUGGAACUGUAGAGCUAGAGGUGUCAUGGAACCUCAAGCACACCCCAGACUCUCACACAGCGCAGCGCGAGCAAGCAUUCUGCGCUUUGCAGACCCUGGAGCCACAACCCCCCGCACAGGUCGAGGAGGAGCCUUGGCCAGAGCAGCCCGUGCAGUGGGAACUCUCCUUUCCAAGCCCACAGACGGGUGAGUGGCUGUGUGCCCUCCGGUCUGACGACCUGGACCCGCGUCUUUGCAAGUCCGAGCCAGUGUACACCCCGGACAUUGAGCAGUUGCUAAGUGGUCUAACUGAGCCACUGCAGAUAGUUCACACUGUUGACCCGCGAGAGGCGGAAAAGCACAGUGAGGUGUGGCUCCCGUCAGUCCACAAAGAGAUCGGGGUCAUAGAAAAGGCUGUGCGCAGUUUGCCGCCUGGUGAGGUGCGAAAAGGGAACUGGCUUCACCGCACUGACGUGAGGGUCGUACCGGCAAAGAUGGUUUUCACAGUCAAACCGCCUGACGUGCAAGCUAUCGCGCCCGAGAACGGGGAGCAUGCAGCUCAGCCAAGCUUGUUUAAACGCAAGGCGAGGCUUGUUGCGUGUGGAAACCAUGCCCCUUCCACUGGCACCGAGAUAUACGCGUCAGGCGCUGCAGCAGAGUCACUUCGUUGUUUGGUGGUCAUUAGCUCUAAGAGGCGUUGGAUGCUAGGCAUCUUAGAUGUCACCUCAGCAUUCCUCCUGACGCCCAUCCCUCAGGGCGACGGGUUUCCUGUGUUUGCUCUAACACCGCCACGCUACCUUGUGCGACAAGGUCUUGCACAGGAGGGAGAGCUCUGGAUCCUCACGCACGCCGUCUAUGGCCUCAGGGAGUCACCAAAGCUGUGGUCAGACUUUAGGGAUUCCCAGCUUUUGGCCCUUAGAUGCGUGGUCAACGGAGUUGAGUUGCAGCUACUCAAGGGCAAGUUAGACACGAACUGGUGGCGCGUCGUGCAAACCAGUGAUGGACAAGCCUACGCAGAGGAGCUGCUACGCCUCAACAACGUCAAGCCCACUGCGCUGGGUAAGAUCCCUUGCCCAAGGGACUUAGUGUCCUUCGACACUCUCCUGACGGAUGAGUCCCCCGCCGAGGAGUCAGUUCGCACAGCCCAGAGGCUGACCGGAGAAAUCUUGUGGCUGAGCCAGCGCACGAGACCGGAUCUCGCGUUCACCGCUUGUGUUCUUGCUACGUUGAGCACAAAGGCGCCUGAAAGGGCUGCACGCAUCGCUGAAAGAGCACUCGCCUACGUGCAGCAAACCAAAGCCUUUGCUCUCACUGCUGACGCAGAUGACACAGGCCUAGUAGCAUACAGUGAUGCCUCUUUUGCACCAGACGGCAACCGCUCACACACCGGCUGGGUAGUCUUCUUGCACGGAUCGCCUGUCUGCUGGCGUUCGGCCAGGCAGGCGUUUGUCACACUCAGCACUGCAGAGUCCGAGCUUGUCGCAGGACUUGAUGCUGUCGUUGCAUUGCAGUCUGCAGAGGCCAUGCUGGGUGAGUUUGGGGUCGUUAACUUAGGUAAGACCUUGAGGGUUGACUCACAGUCUGCGCUUGCCAUCGCCAUUGGCCAAGGUUCUUGGCGAACCCGCCACCUGAGGGUGCGCGCCAAUUAUCUCAGGGAGCAGUAUGAGACUGGCGAGAUCAUUCCCGUUUACUGCCCAGGUGUAGAGCAAGCCGCUGACCUUCUCACCAAGGCGCUCCCAUCUGCAAGGAUCAGUGAGCUCUUAGCGAUAUGGGGCUUGCUUGAGUACAGCGCACAGUCCACUCCACAGGUGAGGCUGGUCUUCUGCUGCCCGGCCCUGCCGGUGGUGCUCAGCGUGGGGCGCAUCUCCAAUACCCUUGGCAUCCCCUAUGCCUUCUGUAAAGGCCGGCGGAUCACCCCCAGCUACUCCUGUGGCCGGGGCCUGGGCACCCACGUGGACAUGCCGGCGGAGCCGAACAAGCCGGCCCAGACGGCGGUGGAGUGCUUGAGAUACAUGGUCGUGAAGCUUAACCUCGAGCGCAAGAAGAAGCGGCUCGCCGAGAAGAAGAGGAAGCGCAACCUCCACGACUUGAAGCGCUUCCCGCGCAUCUUCUUGAUGUGCGACUCCGCCAGUGCCUCCUGGGUGCUGAGGCAGCUCGACCCGAACAGGACCAUCUUGGUGGUCGACGAGCCGCCCAUGGGUAGCGACGUGUACCCAGAGAAGCCCGAGGACAACCCACUGGCCUGCGCGAUGAUGCAAGCCAUGAUGACGCCCAUGUACAAAACCAUCCUCAUGUCGGCGACGCUGCCGAGACCGGCAGCGCUGCCAACGCUGGUCAACUCCUUCUUAGAGCGCUUCCAUAUCCCGGCGGCCGAGAAGGACAUGCACAUCAGGGAGUGCAUGAGCACGGAGCUGGACCGCGGCGCCGUGAUGUGCGGCCCCUCAGGGGCCGUGGCCUUCCCCCACCAGAACGUCUCUGGCUUUGACGAGCUGAAGAAGCUGUGCCUGAGGCUGCCUGCAGACCCGCUGGUUCUCAAAGCCUAUACAGAACGGGCCAUGGAGAAGGCGGCGCGCGUCAAGGCCCUGGUGAACCAUGUCAAGGCAUCGGGCGGACCCGGCAUGGACAGCACACCGGACGUCGAGGACCUGGCCCAACGCGCCUGGCCCGACAGCUCCGGAUGCGGCACCACCUGCGGAUGCUCCUCCCUCUCGGCCAGUGCCACGGCCGCGCCGGCCUCGCUGAAGGCCGAGACGCCCCUGGCGGCCCUGAGUUGGCCAAGGGACAGUCCGGUCAAGCAGCCGGAAAUCGUGACGGCAGAGGACUUCAUCGAGUCCCUCCGGGGCGAGCUCAUCUCUGAGUUCGUCGACCAUCCGAUCGCUCUUUGGUGUUGCAGUUCACCCGAAAUAAAGAUGCAGCUGGUAGAGGAAGGGGAGAGCGGCCGAGAGCCUCCGAAACACACCCUGGCCUGA